UUUUACAGAUCAAACCAGUUUACAGUGAGAAUGUCAAGAGACACUUAUGCACACUUGAAACGGUACCUGACUGAGCGUGGAGGAGGACCCGUUGCAAGAAUCAUACAUGACAGGCUGUACCUGGAUGUUUAUGAAGGAGUUCCUCGGACAAGAGCACAGGUUGGAGCAACGGCAGGAGCUCAGGAAGGAGAAGCACCCAAACAGGUCAACAAGACCAAAAUCUAUUACGGACUCCUGAAAGAGCCAGAGCUGCCAAACUUAGCAAUGGAGGAAGAGGAGGGUGAAGAAGAGGGAGAUAAGCCAAAAAAAAAGAAGCCAAAGAAAGAUGCCCUUCAGAAGAGCAAGAAAAAUGAUCCAAAUGCACCACCUACCUACAGAAUACCCUUGCCAGAACUGCGUGAUAUUGAUCGAAUUGAAAAAGCCAAAGCAUUCAGAGAUACAGUAAAGAGAGUCACACUAAACAGAGAGACUCUACCAUCUAUAUGCUUCUAUACAUUUUUGAAUGCUACAGGGAACAUAACAGGGGUUGAUAUAUCGGAUGAUUCAAGCUUGCUAGCCUAUGGUACAGCUGAUUCUCAAGUUCGUGUACAAAGCAUCACACCAAGCAAAUUAAGAUGCAUGAAGUCUGCAGAACAACUGAAUGACAUUGACAAAGAUGCCGAUGACGUCUUGGUACGUAUGAUGGAUGAAAGAACUGCAGAUUACGUCCGCACUCUCCUUGGACAUUCAGGCCCAGUUUAUGCAUGCUCCUUUAGUCCAGACCGUAAUCUCUUGUUGACAGCAGGAGAAGAUGGUACUAUUCGCUUAUGGAGCUUGCAGACCUGGACCUGUCUUGUUGUGUACAAGGGUCAUGUUUUUGCUGUAUGGGAUGUGAGAUUUUCUCCCUAUGGCUAUUACUUUGCAUCAGGAGGUCAUGAUCGGACUGGCCGUUUAUGGGCAACAGAUCAUCAUCAGCCUUUAAGAAUUUUUGCAGGACAUUUUUCAGAUGUUGAUGUUGUUCAGUUCCACCCAAACAGCAAUUAUGUUGCUUCUGGUUCUAGCGAUCGCAGCAUCAGACUUUGGGAUGUUCUCAAUGGAAAUUGUGUUCGUGUUCUAACAGGCCACAAGGAUGUUAUUGAUGCCUUAGCAUUUUCACCAUGUGGGAGGUUUCUGGCUUCUGGUGGUGGAGACAAGCGUGUUUUAGUAUGGGAUCUAGCAAAUGGGCAUCUUAUUGCUGAAAUGCUGUCUCAUACAUCAACAAUCUACACAAUUUCUUUCUCAAGAGAUUGUAAUAUGCUUGCUUCAGGUGGACUGGACAACUGCGUAAAGCUGUGGGACUUCACACGUGUUCUAGAAGACAAUCACGAGGAGGAUGUCAGUGUAUCUCACAAUCCUGAAGUUAAACGGAGUGAAUCCUUGCUCUUGGGGACAUUCCCAACGAAAAAUACACCAGUGCUUGCAACACACUUUACCAGAAGAAAUGUUUUGUUGGCUGCUGGACCAUUUGAGGGAUGAAAGAUUGUUAUUUAUAGUGUAGAGAUGUGUAUAUUUUUUAUCAACCUAAAUGAACCAUAGAUGUCAGAAACACUGAACAUUCAAGUACAACCAAAAUUCUGUAAAGUGUUUGCAAUAAAAGAGUAAUCUAA